AUGCAUACCGCUAAAGCUCUAGCAGAUAAAUUAGGUACAAAAGCUUAUUUAAUCUACGCUGGCUUAGAACCACCGGAAUUUUUAGUUUUAUUCCCUCCUUAUGUUAGAUCGACAGAUGCAAUAGCUUAUCAUCAAUUCGAAGAUGGUAAAACUGAUGGUCAAAAAGAUUUAAUUGACAGUUUACUAUCAUCAUAUACCUUGGCUUCAUAUACAUUGAGUGAUCUUCAACAACGUCCUCUCCCACCUGAACUGGAUGCAACCUGUUUAGAAACGUAUUUAGAUGAUAAAACCUUCGAAGAAAUAUUUUCAAUGUCUAGAGAAGAUUUCAAUAAAUUACCAAUAUGGAAACAGGCAGAAAUGAAAAAGUAUUCAGGUUUAUUCUAA